AUGCCUGGCACGGAGCUGGUGGGCAACAGGGCAGAGUUUGCUGCCGAUAGCGUCGAAGAGGGGAGUCAUGGUGUGCUGUCUCUUUUGUGUAAGGGCGAUGGCAAUUGUUCACUUGAUGUUGCAUUGGGUAAAAAUUGCAAGGAAGUUGAAAAGCAACAAAAUUACGUGGCAAACUCGCUGUUGCAAGAGCUGCAACUAGAGAAAAAUAAAUUUAACGAGUUGGAAAGCUCGCAAUUCUUCAGUGCUCGUGCUGCCACGAACGCGUUUGAAAAGUUGGGGAAGCAUCGAUUCUUGAAUCGCUCAGCUAUGAAACUGGCGACUUUGGAUCAUAUCUUCCAGUGGACUCGCAGCUUCAACCAAAAAGAAACGUUCAGUUUUGCGGAUAUCUGUGGAGGACCGGGUGGAUUCUCCGAGUAUCUCUUAUGGAGAACAGAGCAAACAAGUGCUGUUCAUGGCUACGGCAUCACGUUGAAAGACGCAGCGAACAAUUGUGACUGGCGUUUACCGUCAAAGUUCCGCGAAAUGUUCACGAUCUGCUAUGGAGAGGACGGAACGGGAGAUCUCUACUCGCUUGCAAAUAUUCGCAACUUCCGUGAUAUUGUGCGAGGACAACAUCCGAAUGGUGUGGACUUGGCUGUAGCUGACGGAGGCUUUCUCGACGCUCGCUCGCAAUCGAAUCAGACUAGUCGCCCUGCUAGCUCGGAGCGAUAUAUUGUUGCGCGAGGACUACGUGCGGGACACCCCACGUCAAAACUUGUCGAGGUUCUAGAAGACCGACUUGUUCGAAGCCACAACAGCACAGCCAAGAACUUCCAACUCCAUUUCUUGCGAGAACAAACCCCACUACGCGAAGAUGUAAAUUUUAUUCACUACAUGACGACGGUCAACGCGGCUCUAGCCAGAAACCAAAUUCAGGCAUGCAGACGUAUCAACGAGUAUGUUGCGAACAAACACAAGAGGAAAUCAUGGGAUGAUGACGCUGCUGUUGAUCCCCAAGAGUAUUGUCAAUGCUGGCAGCUUGGCAGGAUUCCUCGCCAUGGUUGCUAA